UUGGGGAAGUCCUUGGUAAACUUUAUGCGGUUCACCUUUUGAAAAUUGUGCUCAAUCUGUUUACAUGUUCAAUAGAAGACCAGUGUGAUAUUGUUUCACAAUUAACAUCUGAGCCUUCAAUUUUUGGAUGUUCGUUGUGCCUUCUAAUAGUUGUGUUUGCAUUUUGAUUUGUUUCUCCUUAUCCAUUUGUAGUUUGUAACUGAGAAGUCAAUUGCUGAGUUACCUGAAGUAAAGGCAGAGUAUCUUAAAUGUUUGAAGCAUCUUAUAAGCUUAAAUGGUGGUAGCAGUACCCAAACGUCACAGCAAUCUACAAGAGUCAAUUUGCAAGAUCUGGGAGAUGAAAUCAAGCGUCUUGAACUUGAACUCUCCCUGUCUAGGAAACGUAAAAUCUAAGGCAGCUGUCAAUCGUCGAUUGUUGUUGCAGAAGCAGUUACAGAGAAGAAAGCCGAGGGGAAGCUUCAACGACAUUGAUGAAUCGGCACUAGUAAAGGCAGCUGCAUGGGCAUGGUUCGAGCACUGUUCGGGUUCCGACGGCAAGUCGAUCAUGCCGGAAUUCGAUUUAACAAGGACUUGUCACGCUCCUUAUAAACCAUCCAGGUACAAGCUAGAAGCUAUGAAAAAUAUAUCCAAUAUUAGCAGUAAAGAAAGUGUUACUGCAUCUAGUAACCCGCUUCUUGAUACAUAUGAAAUUGAAAGUAUAUCUCGGAAAUUGGAUCAACUUAUAGAAUUUAGUGGGGACAGAGGCAAACUUCAUAAGGGUUUUCUAGUUGGAGACGUUCUUGGUAUAAAGAACAUGAAAGAGGGCGGGAGAGGUUCGGACUCUGACCUCGAAUACAGAGAUAAACGCUCUUUACCAUUGAAACUACACGUCCCUGAAGACGUUCGUCAACAAGAAUGUGUGCCGCUCGUGGAUGGUAACACGAACGGGAGGAAGAAAAAGAGCAAGAACGUUAGAGGAGGGUUUUGGCAUAGGCAUGCGGCGAUAUGUGGCAGAAUUGAAGAUGUUGUAAACACACAAGCUUUCGUGGUUCAUCGUCGGCGGCCGGAAAAGGGUGUAUAUGUACGUACCGGUGGACCGGUGGUUAAGGCGCGCGGCGAAGUUUCGGCCACGGAGGCCUUGUAAUCAGUUGGAACAUAUUAAGUUUUGAUGGGUCUGGUCGUUGGCUGUGUAACUGUCUACGGCUAUACCACAACUGUAUUCUUCAAUGCACGUUAUUGUAUAUAUGAUCAUUUUAUUUUACUCUGUUGUCAAUAAAAUACAAAGACAACGGGCAUCCGAAAAUUGUAAGGAUUUGUCAUUAGGAUUGGGAUUAGAUAUUGAAGAGCAAUGAAGGUAAUUGAUUUUUCGGCAGACUUUGCAUCUGCUAACUUGUA